UGCAGAAUGGGAACCACAGACGAAACCAACUAUGGCUCAUACACCUACGAAAACCUCGAGAGGGAACCCUACUGGCCGACGGAAAAGCUUCGAAUUUCCAUUACUGGAGCAGGUGGAUUCAUUGCCUCGCACAUUGCCAGGCGUCUGAAGACUGAAGGUCAUUACAUAAUUGCUUCUGACUGGAAGAAAAAUGAGCACAUGAUGGAGGAUAUGUUCUGUCAUGAAUUCCAUCUUGUUGGUUUGAGAGUGAUGGAUAACUGUUUGAAAGUUACCCAAGGAGUUGAUCACGCGUUUCUUGCUGCGGAUAUGGGAGGGAUGGGCUUUAUUCAGUCAAAUCACUCUGUCAUCAUGUAUAACAAUGCGAUGAUCAGUUUUAACAUGAUCGAGGCUGCCAGGAUUAAUGGAGUCAAGAGGUUUUUCUUCGCCUCCAGUGCUUGUAUCUAUCCUGAAUUUAAGCAGUUGGAUCCCAACGUGAGCUUGAAGGAGUCUGAUGCUAGGCCUGCUGAGCCUCAAGAUGCUUAUGGCUUAGAGAAGCUGGUAACAGAAGAACUCUAUAAACACUACAACAAGGAUUUUGGAAUUGAAUGCCGAAUUGGAAGAUUCCAUAAUAUCUAUGGUCCAUUUGGGACAUGGAAAGGUGGGAGGGAGAAGGCACCUGCUGCCUUCUGUCGGAAAUCCCUUACAUCCACUGAUAAAUUUGAGAUGUGGGGAGAUGGUUUACAAACACGAUCUUUCACCUUUAUUGAUGAAUGCGUCGAGGGUGGUCUGAGCUUAAAUGAAUUGUUUUAUGCAUUCCGAUUGACAAAAUCCGAUUUCCGAGGGCCUGUAAACAUUGGAAGUGAUGAGAUGGUCAGCAUGAAUGAGAUGGCUGAGAUUGUCCUGAGCUUUGAGAACACAAAGCUCCCCAUUCAUCACAUUCCCGGUCCCGAGGGUGUGCGUGGUCGAAACUCAGACAACACUCUAAUAAAGGAAAAGCUCGGGUGGGCUCCUUCUAUGAAACUGAAGGAUGGACUGAGAAUCACAUAUUUCUGGAUCAAGGAACAAAUUGAGAAGGAGAAGGAGAAGGGCACUGAUAUAUCUGCCUAUGGGUCGUCAAAAAUUGUGGAAACGCAAGCUCCAGCUCAACUUGGUUCUCUUUGUGCUGCUGAUGGCAAAGAAUGAAAGAAAUCAAGCCAACGGGUUUGCUUUGAUGCGUGAUCCAGGUUCUAUAUUUUGUGCCACUGUUUUUUAUGGAGUGAAACAUCUGCAUUUCAGCCUUUCGAUAUUCUUUUCAUUUUCGAAGCUGUUGUGUUUUUUCUGCAAUCAUAGCAUAUUCAACCGUGCAAUGAAUACCUCUAGUGCAUGUAUCCUCUUUGGAAACACUUGUUACUUCCAUUAGUAUCAAAUUUAUCCCUUUUGUCCGUUCUGUUUUAUUCAGCUCUUGUAUGGCAUUUUCUUAUUUUACUACAUUAUGAAAGGCUGAUGCCUCUUUGGAGGUCGUUAUAUGGGAAAUAAUAUGA